AUGUAUUCAUGGUCAACGGCUGAUCUUUAUCGUAAUGCUUUUCAAGCAUUAAAUUCAUACGAUAAAACUCAUUUAUGUCAAGUACCAGUUAAUCGUAAUUUAAAUUAUAAUUAUAUUCCAGUUCCUUCUCGUCAAAAUCUGUUACCUGUUAAUUCACCGGGUAACUCUCCCUUGCGUCGACCUCGAGAAGACUCUGACAAUGAUAAUCAUCAUAUUCAAGACUUUGAUAAUGCUCCAGCUGUUCGUACGGUGGAAUAUCAUAACUCAAAACAGGGCAAAUUUCUUAACAGCAGCAAGGCGAAUAAUUAUCCACAAAAUUUGUUCAAUGGAAACAGCUCGAGUAGUCAACAAAAGAACCGUUUUGAUUUCGUUCGUUCAUCUCGUUCACCUCAAUCGAAAUUGUUUCAACAAUCUCAAAUGACUGUCAGUCUCAAUGGACAAUGUCAGACAAUUUCAACAGAAGCUCAGAGGUUCGUUCAAACUAGUUACGGGUUUCCACCGUUUGUUAUUCGAUUCGCAACGGAACAAAUUAGGAAUCAGCAAGCGACAGAGGACGGCUUGUUCACGUAA